UUCAGUCAGUCUGACGAGAACUGUUUGAGAGGCCGGGUUUGUGCUGCUUAUUCGACCGGGGGAACGGACGGCGCGACUAUAAUAUACGUGACGUGUUUUUAUUUUCGGCCUUUUUUUUUGGCUGCUCUAAAGGGGUUUUUUUUGGUGGUAUUGGAAUAAAGGCUCUUUUGUGUGAUUAUGGUGGUCAUGUUAUUGUGAUUGAUGAGUGGAGUGUUUGUAUUAAGCGGAUGCGAUUUGAAUUGAUAUUUGGGCUUUUCGUGCCAAUUGGAAUUUGUUUUCUAGGAAGAUCCCCCUCGGUUCCACAAUGAUUCUACAAGGUAACCGGGGCGGGAGGUUCCUAACCAAAGUUGUCACCUUGGGGUUCCUGUGGGGUCUCAUCAUCUACACCGUGCUACAAUUUAGGGCGAUCAAGCUCGAUGUUCCUAUGCCGCACUUGAAUAGUCGGUAUCUACUACAAAAAAGACUGGACACACUAACCCGUCAUGACUCAACUACAGAAGCCAUCGAUCUCGAGCCCUCAGUGGACAAAAGCCCCUCCCUAUCGGAGGAUAACCUGAUCCAGGAUAUCCAGGAAAGACUUCCUAACCUACCUAUCGUCUACUGGAGCCAACACAAGAACCAACCUAUGGGACUGAAUAGCACUUGUGCCAGGUUUCCAAGUAUUCUGGACAUAGAGUUCAACAACAACUACUGGCAAACCUUGAAAACUUCUAAUGGCACUUUUCACCUUUUCGGCGCUUAUUUGGACAAAAGGAAGAAUAACAGGCUCGGACCUACUGUUCGGAUUUUAGGAAUGAUCGAUAGGAUCGAGCCCACUGUGAUAACGCACUGUCAAUUUUGGUUUGAUGGUAAGAAAGAGCCUGUGAUAUCCAAGAGUUUUGAAUAUAAAUAUGUGUGGUAUAAAAAAUGGGGUAAUUACAAGCAAGGAAUCUUUCAGCCAUAUUUGAUCGCCUGCGUUAUCCCUCAGGCAUAUAACUCCAAGGUGCCACAGUCGAUAUCUCUAGUCGAAAAACCUUGCGACAAUGCCCCUAAUAAUCUCAAAGUUAUAUUUAAUAUGCCCAGAAACAAGAAAGACUUUGCAGUUUGUGUUAAGGGUCUAGAUUUUCUACACGAAGAUCUCUCGGUACGACUAGUAGAAUGGAUCGAGCUACUUAACCUCCUCGGAGCGGAUAAAAUUUUCUUAUACGAACUGCAAGUGCAUCCCAAUAUUACUAAAGUACUGAAGCACUAUCAACAGGAAGGAAAGGUUCAUGUGACACCAAUUACACUGGCAGGCAUAUUACCCAACGCACCCGCCUUGCAGCACUAUUUCCUUUCAAAAAAGACCAACCACAAGAGACAGAAUGAAUUGAUACCAUAUAACGAUUGUUUUUACAAGCAUAUGUAUGAAUAUAAGUAUAUUGCACUAUUGGAUAUCGAUGAGGUCAUAAUGCCUUUGGAAGAAACCUCUUGGAAGGAUUUAAUGGACAAAGUCCUCAAGAAGGCUAAAGACGAGAAGGCUUCAUAUAAUGUUAGAAAUGUGUAUUUCUUAGAUGAUCUUAUACACGAUCAUGGCUGGUUUAAAGAAAUUCCUAAGUAUAUGCACAUGAUGCAACACGUAUACCGGACAAAGAACUUCACUAAACCCGGUCAGUACGUCAAGUGUUUCCAUAAUACUGAAAAGGUGCUGACGCUUCACAACCAUUUUCCAUUAAGCUGCCUUGGGAGCAGUUGCACCUCGUAUGCGGUUGAGACAGGCGAUGCGCAGUUGCAGCAUUAUCGGGCCGACUGCGUGAAAACCUUAAAGAAAAGUUGCGAGGAAUUCAGAAAAACCUCCGUAAUGGACGUGACCAUAUGGAAGUUCAAAGAGCCCUUAAUCCAAAGGGUCAGCUCGACCUUAAGGACUUUAGGUUUUUUCAAUAAUCCCAAUAAUAAUGUCGAUUUAACCGGUAACAGUAUACGAAAAAGAUAGUAGUUUAGACUCUGAAAUACUGCUAAAGUGAUAACUGUAUAGAAUGUCACAUUCUUAACAGAUUUUUGGCAUAUAUUAUUAAUCGAACUCCGACUGUACGAAGCCAAAAAUUCGUUAUGCUAAGAUAAUUAUUGUGAUAUAAAUAAUAUCUUUAACAAUUUAACAUGUAAGUGUAAAAAUGCUGUGUCGAGUAACUACCAGUGCCUUUUGACGAGACUAGAAGUGUAAAAAAUGAGGUUUUGGUGUCGUACUAGAAUAGUAUCAACUUUUUCUUGAAGCUCUAGUUAGAGGUUAUGUUAGGGUGCUAGCAUUGAUGUGACGUCUACUGAUUGACGUAGAUGACACUAGUUUUAAGAGAAACGUUGGCACGUUUUAAUAGAUUGACGAAUUAGCAGUCAGUAUAGUCAAAAUUUACGCUGAAAACGUUUGCAAAUCUUAAAAUGACAAGUUUUUAUGGCAAUUUUACUAUAGAAAGAAUUAGGUUUAAGAAGGCUCUGAUUCAAAAAUGACAGAUGCCAAUACGAUACAUUACGCACCAUUGUUUCCAGAUUAUGAAGCCGAGUACCUUGCAAAAUUCUACUUCAUUAAAAUUUGACGUGAACGAAUCUAUCGCCAAAAAGCAAAUACGUCUUGCAACUUCAGCUUAAUUUACAAACUAACUAGUUAAGAACUAAAUGGCAACAAUGGUGUUGCUCAUAUCUGAUAUUUAAGUAACCAACGUUGCCAGAAUGUUUUCAUAUAUUAAAUUCUGAAUUCCAGUCUUGCCAGUUUAAUAAAUGAUAUGGAAGAAAAUGUUAAGAAAAUUAAGAGAGACUUUACGCAAACUUCUGACCAAGGGAAAGGAAUAUAUUUAUUUUACAUUCUGCACAUUGGAAGGUAGCCAUUUUAUGGUGACACAAUUCAUUAGAAACUAAAUUUACUUGUUUAUCCGAUGUUGCCAAAAUAUUUUUAGUUUAAGUAUCUUACUGGAUUAGAUUAAUAUAUAACUAUUAUUCAUUGACAAAAUGUUCUUACACUUUUUAAGACAGAGAGACAACGGAUAGGAUAAGAAUUUGGAUGGAUUGAGGUUGUGUUGGAAAUUUUAAUUAUUAUUUAAAACUGACGACAUCCGAAUAAGUAUAUCAAUUUAGCAGCAACUUUGUGCUCCAAUCUUCUUACUUAGAAUUUAUUAUGUUUGUUAGUAAAAGCAUCAGCUGAUACCAAAAUCUUAUUUUUUAUUACUCAAAUUGACACGUGUCUAGAUGCGAAAAUCCCUUUUCAGACAUCGUAAAUUAACGAUUUUAUAAAACCAGUGUACUAUUUUAUUUUUUACGUUAAGUUCAUCAUUGUAAAGUUCCGCUUAUUAUGUUAUAUUUGCUCAAAACGACUUGUAGAUACGUUAUUCUUGAUCCUAUUUAAUUUUAAGUUCAUUGAAGGCCAUUUUGUUGUAAAUAUUCAUUAGGUUAUUAGUGUAAAUAAAUAUAAACUACUUACAUAUAUUAUGCAUAUGUACUAAGUGCCUCAGUCGGUAUAAUCAGCUGAGACACCGGGUAUAUAAAUAUCGGGCUGUAAAUACAUAUUUACAAGGGUUUAGGUAAAUUUGGACCAAUGAAAGCAAUUUUUUUCUAGAAUACGGAAAUUAUAUGAUAUAUUUUAUAUAAUAUGUACGCUUGCAUUUUUUUUUUAUAUAUAUACAAACUUAUAAUAUUGUGAUGCCUCUUAUUAUUUAUUGCCUUGUUAUCAUAUAAAUUAAUUGCCAGUAAAAUGAAUCAUAUUUGAAUUUCCGGAAAUUCAUCCUAUUAAUAAAAUAUAUUUUUUAUCGUAUUUGGACUUAAAAUUGUUUUAGUUUUAUUGUUUUAUUUAUUGUGCUCUAGAAAAUAAAAUUAUAUUUAAAAAAGA